AUGAGGCGUUACGCCAGUGUUCUACAAUAUCCGCUGGCCGAUCCUGAACUAAUCGAAUAUGUUGGGGUCCCUAAAACCGAGGUCGCCAAAUGGGCCGGCAUCACCUCCGCGGUCGCAUCGAUCUGCCAAGCCAUUAUGGCCGUCCCUUGGGGAACACUAUCCGACUAUAUUGGCCGAAAACCAGUCAUCCUGUCUGGCCAGGUCUGCACUAUGGUGCUCACAGUCAUGAUGGGUAUGUCGCAAACACUGUCUAUGGUGCUCGUGACGCGCGCCAUGAUCGGCCUGAUGAACGGCAACGUCGGCAUUAUCCGCACCAUGGUCGCGGAGAUCGUUCCAGAGCGCGAGCUGCAGCCGCGUGCGUUCAGCAUCAUGCCUCUUGUCUGGACCAUCGGCAGCAUCUUCGGCCCAGCCAUUGGCGGUGCACUGGCCAGACCCGCGGAGAAGUAUCCGUACCUGUUUGGCGGCUCCGAGUUUCUGCGGCGGUUUCCGUUCGCCUUGCCGAACCUGUUCUCUGCCUGUUUCUUCAUCUUCGGGAUCGGCUUUGGCUUCCUGUUCCUGAAGGAGACCCUAGACUCCAAGAAAGAGCGGUAUGAUCCUGGCCUGGUGUUGGGGAAGGCUCUAACCGCCUCGUGCGCGUCAAGCCGGAAGCGAAAGGCGGAGUGGAAAGGCUCUGAUGAAGAAACCACCCUGCUCCCCGCCGAGACAAGGUCGCGGAAAAAGAGACAAAAGCCUGGCAAACGGCCUACAUGGUCUCAAAUCUUCACCCCGCAGUCUAACCUCGUGCUGUUAUCCUACACUCUACUCUCGGGGCUCGGAAUGGCCUUUGACUCGGUCUUCCCCGUAUUUCUGCACUAUCCGGAGCAACAGCUUCAUGAUAAUCCCGACGUGCAGCUUCCGUUCAAGUUUGCUGGUGGAUUUGGCAUUGACUCCCAAAAAAUUGGUGUUUUUUAUACUAUCAUCGGCGUGAUCGGUAUGGUCAUCCAGUUCUACUGCUUUCCACCUAUUGCAAAGCGCUACGGCACCUUGGCCUGCUACAAGGCCUCCGCCAUUCUCAUGCCCAUCAUUUUCUUCAUCACACCAUUCAUCGCCCUAGUCCCGGAGGCACUGCGCAUCCCGGCAGUCCUAAUCAUCAUGCUGGCAAAGCUCGGCGCCACGGUCUUCGGCGUCCCAUGCUGCACAAUUCUGCUCGCCAACUCAGCAUCAAGCCUGGACGUUCUCGGUACCUUGAACGGAGUCAGCACGAGUGUGAGUGCCCUGGGUCGUGCUGCAGGACCUGCUUUGAUCGGCGCUGCAUUUUCGUUCGGGGUUAAGAAAGGGUAUGUCAUCAUUCCGUGGUGGCUGCUAGGCGUCCUGGGAUUCGGUAGUGUGGUGCCUUCGUUCUGGAUUGUCGAGCAAGAAGGCCCCUACCGUAAGCAAGAGGGAGAGGAGGAAGAAAACGAAGAUGAGGCAGAGGGAGAGGAAGAAGAGGCAUUGCUGGAGGGGUCUCGGGUCAAUGGAUAUGGCGCUAUUGAUGCGGCAAGGGAUUCUGGGGCAAAAUAA